CUUUUGUUAAUUUUUUUUCCAGGUGGGAAGGGGUUUGUUUUUCCUUAGUUGUGGGUGCCCGACAAAUACUCAAGUUUUUGUGACAGUUUAACUUUUGUAUAGCUAUCAACCAUACGAAAAGCAUACAAAUAUACAUAUUGUCGCUAUUCUCGGUUAUUCCUUCUUUAAAAGCACCCUCUAAUGGAAGAAAAGAGGACAGUUUAAGUUCAAAAAAAGCAUUCAAAGAAGCAGAUAGAAACUAUCAAGGUAUUUUCACCUGGCUAAGAUCGGGAUAUGCUGGCAUACAGUUCUCAGGUAACGGCCCCGCUUCAGAAAAGCCUGUCCUUCGCGUUAGAUGCAAAAUUGCCCCAGGUGAAAAGCGGGAAAUUCUGGUAAACAUGGUGAAGGCUUCGCUUCGGCGUCCCUUUGUCUUUUUAUUUACCGAGUCGGUCGUAUUUUUCUUCUCAUUGUGGGUUACUUCUAAUCGGCCUCUUCCUGUGUGGAUGGUUAUCUCAGUUCUAGGUUCAUUGGAUUGUACCAGCUAUCACCAUCCAAAUAUCAACCACGGGUAUCUUCUCGAUCUAUCUUGCGUUUUCAAUUAUCUGGCAGAUUUUUACCACCGUUACGCAAGUUCUGACCUUGCAGUGCAAAGCUUCUGUCGUAAUAACUGUUCAAUAAUUUGCCGUUUGAUCCCGCCGCAAGUCAGUUGGGUGGUAUCGGUGCAGCCUUGACUCUAGAACCAUGACUGCUGGUGUUUAUUGGACCAAAUAUUCGAGGACGAAACAAAUUGGCAGCGAAAAUUAUGAAGUGAUUGAUAUGUCGUAUUCUGAUGGGUUGGUCGGUGGAGAAAUGGCACGAAAUUCGAGUGGAAAUAAAACUCAAAGUGGAUGGUUUAUGUUACAUAGAUGCAGGAUAGAUAGAGCAAAUAAAGAGAGUACAAUAGACU